AUGGCCAUCCAAAUCUUCAACUCCCCCACCACCGUCUUUGGCUUGGCAUUCCUCCUCCGCCUUGGAAUGCUCCUCUAUGGCAUCUACCAGGACUCAGUCUCGGCUUUCAAAUACACCGACGUCGACUACUACGUCUUCACCGACGCCGCCGCUUACGUGGCCAAAGGCCAAUCACCCUAUCUCCGCGCCACCUACCGCUAUACUCCACUCCUCUCCUGGAUCCUCGUUCCCACAACCUACCGCCCGCUCUGGUUCCACAGCGGCAAAGCACUCUUCGCUCUCUCAGACCUCCUCGCCGGCUGGCUGCUCAUGCGCCUCCUCCAACGCAACGGCUAUUCCCGCUCCACUUCCCUCCGCUACGCCUCAGUCUGGCUCCUCAACCCCAUGGUCGCGAACAUCUCCACCCGCGGCUCCUCGGAAGGUCUCCUCUGCGCCCUGAUCCUUCUCACCCUGUACCUCUUCACCACCAAUCAGACCACCCUCUCCGGCAUCCUCCUCGGCCUAAGCGUACACUUCAAAAUCUACCCCUUCAUCUACGCGCCAACCUUCCUCCUCGCUCUCCGCGGCCCACCCCUCCCCUCCGACGCGGGUAUGCCGCAAAUCUUCAACGCCAUCAUCUCCACACAACGCACAAAUCUCGCACUCGCCGCACUGGGAACCUUCACCAUCCUCAACCUGGUGAUGUUCAACCUCUACGGUCCAGAAUUCCUACAGCAUACAUUCCUACACCACCUCACGCGUCUGGACCAUCGACAUAAUUUCUCCGUGUACAACACUUUACUCUACCUAUCAUCCUACACGCCCAGCGCGCUGUCAAUCGAACGCCUCGCCUUUCUCCCACAACUCCUCCUCUCCGUCGUCCUGAUCCCAUUCAGCCUCGCCACCACAACCAACCCCACAACAUCCCUCCCAGCGACCCUCCUCGCGCAAACCCUGGCGUUCGUCACGUUCAAUAAAGUCGUCACAUCGCAGUACUUCCUCUGGUAUCUCGUCUUCCUCCCUCUCUACCUCCCACAGUCAACAUUCAUGCGUCAUCCCAAGACCGUCGGACUGCCCGCACUGGGCGCAUGGGUGGUGAGUCAAGCGGUGUGGUUGCAGCAGGGGUACGAGCUGGAGUUUUUGGGGAAGAGCACGUUCGUGCCGGGGCUGUGGGUUGCGGGGCUGGGGUUCUUUGCGGUUAAUUGUUGGAUUUUGGGGGUUGUCGUUGGGGAUGUGGUCGGGAGCAAGGAAGACAAGGGAAAGAGGGAGGAGAAGGAGAAGAGAAAGAUGGCAGAGAAAGUGGAAUAG